CAUUCAGGAAAAUGAGAAGCAACAUCUGUUGGGUGGUUCACUGAAAAGAGAAAGCCAUUUACUGUCUCAUGAGCAACCACAUGCAGAUGUUGGUGGAGAAGCAUGGGGAACUUUUCUGGACUGCUGGUUUUCCUACUAACUUUACAUUCAGUAAAUUCUCUGAAGUGUUAUGUGUGCAGUUCCACGCCAUCUAACGAGCACUGCAACAGAAAUGCAGAAGAGUGUCGUGCUCCUCAUGAUACCUGCAUGACCACUGUGGACAUACUAGGUGAAGUGAAAGCAAUUGUGAAGCAGUGUUCCAGUCUGAAGACAUGUGCAGGGGCUGCAGGCUCUGCCUCACUCGAUGCAAAUGGAAACGGCAAUGAAGUGACAUGCUGUAGCAGUCAACUGUGCAACAUCAGCUCUGCUACAACCAUUCAGCUGUGCAUAUGGCUACUGAGCCUACCCCUGUGUCUACUCACACUAAUCAUGAAACAAGAUGGUUAAAAGAUACACAACCUCACCUCAAUUCAGUUUAUGAUGUUAUCAUACUAGAGUACACCCACUAGAAGUACUCAAUUAAAAAAAACGUUAUCAGAGCACUGGCUUUUAACAAUGACAUAAGGUUUAAUAAUUCCGCUCAAUAAGAAUAUUAGCAUGUUGUUUACACUCAGGAGUGUGCAUUACCAAUCAAACCAAUUCAUUCAUAAAUUAAAACAAGUACAGGGAAAACAAUGACCAGUUCCUAAUAACAAGUUUAACAUAUUCCUAACUUAUUUGACUAUUGUAAAAACAAAAUGUGCUCAAAUAUGCAAAAUAAAAUUCAACCAAGUGCUAUUUACUACUCACAUGUAUUCAGGAAGAGAUUUAAAUAUUACAAAGCAUUAUGAGCUAUUAUAUAUGAAAAUGAUUCGGUUUGUUCUAAUGUGUGAAUCUUGUAAUCUAGAAUAAUUAUUUAAAAAUAAAUAAUCUCCAGCAUGAAUCAAUCUUUA